AUGAUUACCUUAUUGGAUUCCGGGCUGAUUGUGACACCGGCAACUACAGGCCCAGCUACAACUACAGCCCCAGCUACAACUACAGCCCCUGCCACUGGGAAUGAGUCUUUUGUAGAGGUGGUUAUUGGUGCAGAAAUCCUCACAGUUUCAGUCCCUGACAUUGACGACCCUCAGACUCCACUGCCCCCCCAACAGACAGAGCCCGUAUCCCCUCCCUCACCCCUCCGUUACAAUGGCUCCAUCAUCCCCCUGUCGCCCCCCUACCCCAACAGAGAGGACCUCAUGACUCCCCUGCUGCCCCUCCAGCUCCCCUACCAGUUCCAUACCUGCAGCCAGGCCUGUGUGCCCCACCUGCCCCCGUCCGCACACCACUUCCGGGGCCACAACCCUCUCAGGAUCCCAUUACUCUGCUCCUUCCAGCGGCAGUGGGAGGGCUCUGAGAAUUCUGAGGGUGCAGAGUUGGACUCUGAGGUCACGGCACGGGGUGUUGUUUACAAGGCUCCCUGUGGGCUGAGUCUCUGCACCCCAGGGGAGGUGCUAUGUUUUCUGGUUGCCACAGAGAGUCACGGCAUUCUGCAGGUGGACGACUUCACCUUUGACCCCCUGGUGCAGUUGGAGUGUCUGCGGCCACCGCAGUGGCGCCCUCCCGGUCUGGCUGAGAGGGACCUGAGCCGGGGGUCAGAGCCAACGCCGGUGGAGUUGUGCCUGCAGGAGGAAGGAGUGCGGCCGGAGGACUUCCGCUACAGGAAGGAGCGUUGGCCUCACGGCUGUUUCCUCAGUUCGGGCCCGCUGUUCACCACCUGCUGUGACUGCACUGACGGCUGUGGUGAUGCGGAGAGCUGCGCCUGCGCUUGUCUGACCCCAGGCGGCAAACACUACUCCCACCAGAGGCUGUCUGAGCAUGUGCCCAAAGGGCUGUACGAAUGCGGUCCUUGGUGUGGGUGUGACCGUGGUAUGUGCCAGAACCGUGUGGUUCAGCGGGGUCUGCGUGUCCGGCUGCAGGUCUUCCCCACCGGAAACAAAGGAUGGGGGGUGCGUUGCCGUGACGACCUGGACAGGGGCACGUUCGUGUGCACAUACGCAGGUGUAGUUCUCAGGGCAGGACUGGAUUCCGACGAGCCCCUCCCACCCAAGCGCCAGAAGGCGGACCUUCCCUCCGACGACGAGGUGGAGGUGGUAGAUGAGUGGCUGGCGCCGGCAGGGGAGGGACGAGCGCCUGCAGAGACCCUGGAGCCCUCGCCCCCCUCCUCACCUCCUGACGGGCUUCAUGUGCCCGUUAUCCAGAGGCCCGGGGUGGAGCUUUCUCCACAGAUACAAGCCGUGUUGGUGGGAAACUCCCUGCCAGUCCAACCUCUCACAGGCAUGGAGGUUGAGGAGGGUGUGGAGCAAGAUAAUGGGGUACAGAAGCCACAGCUGAAUUCCCAACCACACAUGAAAGAAGUGGAUGUGAAGCUGUCUGUGUCCACAAGCCCCAAAAAACUUGGCCCAAAGCAGAACCCUAUGGAGCACCUGUAUUACCUAGAUGCCACGAAGGAGGGGAACGUGGGAAGGUUCAUAAAUCACAGCUGCGACCCCAACCUAUUUGUGCAGAACGUCUUCACGGACUCUCAUGAUCCAAACUUCCCCGUCAUCGCCUUCUUCACCAGCAAAGUGGUGAAGGCGGGGACUGAGUUGACCUGGAACUACUCCCACAGCCCUGACAGUGACCUGGAACAGAAAGUGACAUGUCAGUGUGGCUGUGAAGGCUGUCAGGGACUGCUGGCCUGAACCUUGAGAUGAACACAGAAACAAAAUACUCCUUUAUAGCCUGCUUCUAGACCAAUUACAUAGUCAGUUUGUGCUGUAAAGAAAUCUGCCUUCAGACCAGGCCACAAUGACCCCAAGAUGUGUAUGAUGGUGGACAACCAGUUAUGCUUUGCCCUCAUCACCUUUGUCUAUUAACCUGUAAAUGGGCCUUUGUAUACUUCAUAAAAAUAAACUCAGCAAAAAAAGAAAUGUC